GUGAGUAAGCCCACGGCACAGCUAAGUGCAGCCGCCCGCCUCUGUCACUGGGAGACAGUCCACUUAAAUGCAGCUCCAGGGUUGCGAGGCACCCACCAGCAUCAUUCCCCGUGCGAGGUGGCAAAUGCAACAUGCUCUCCAGCUUGGGCUGUCUACUUCUCUGUGGAAGUAUUACACUAGUCCUGGGAAAUGCACAGAAAUUGCCAAAAGGUAAAACGCCAAGCCUGAAAGUGCACAUCAAUACCACAAGUGACUCCAUCUUCUUGAAGUUCCUGCGUCCAAGUCCAAAUGUAAAGCUUGAAGGUCUUCUCCUGGGAUACGGCAGCAAUGUAUCACCAAACCAAUACUUUCCCCUCCCCGCGGAAGGGAAGUUCACCGAGGCCAUAGUGGAUGCGGAGCCGAAAUAUCUGAUAGUUGUGCGACCUGCUCCCCCUCCAAGUCAAAAGAAGUCAUGUUCAGGUAAAGCUCGUUCUCGCAAACCUCUCCAGCUGGUGGUUGGCACUCUGACACCAAGCUCGGUCUUCCUGUCCUGGGGUUUCCUCAUCAACCCACACCAUGACUGGACAUUGCCAAGUCACUGUCCCAAUGACAGAUUUUACACAAUUCGCUAUCGAGAGAAGGAUAAAGAAAAGAAGUGGAUUUUUCAAAUCUGUCCAGCCACUGAAACAAUCGUGGAAAAUCUAAAGCCCAACACAGUUUAUGAAUUUGGAGUGAAAGACAAUGUGGAAGGUGGAAUUUGGAGCAAGAUUUUCAAUCACAAAACUGUUGUUGGAAGUAAAAAAGUAAAUGGGAAAAUCCAAAGCACCUAUGACCAAGACCACACAGUGCCAGCCUAUGUCCCAAGGAAGCUAAUCCCAAUAACAAUCAUCAAGCAAGUGAUUCAGAAUGUUACUCACAAGGCUUCAACUAAGUCCCCAGAAAAAGCUCCCAUGGGAGGAGUGAUACUAGUCCACCUAAUUAUUCCAGGUCUUAAUGAAACUACCGUAAAACUUCCUGCAUCCCUAAUGUUUGAGAUUUCAGAUGCACUCAAGACACAAUUAGCUAAGAAUGAAACCUUGGCAUUACCUGCCGAAUCUAAAACACCAGAGGUUGAAAAAAUCCCAGCACGGCCCACAACAGUGACUCCCGAAACAGUUCCAAGAACCGCUAAACCCACUAUGCCUAGUGCAUUAGAUAUUUCAGAAACAACACCGGUUCUCAGCAAAAGGACCCCGGAAACACUGCAAACUAUUCUAAUACCUCAGUUUGAAUUGCCGCUGAGCACUCUAGCUCCAAAAAGGCUUCCAGAAUUUCCUGAGGCAAAAACACCCUUCCCUUUUGAGAAACCUGGGGGCGCCUUGGCUUCAAGUGAAAAGCCAUGGGUUGUGCCUUCAGCUAAAACAUCUGAGGAUUCCAAAGUUCUGCAGCCUCAAACUGCAACUUACGACGUUUUCUCAAGCCCUAUGACAUCAGAAGAGCCUGAGAUUUCAGAGUCCUAUACAGCAACAAGUGACCGUAUUCUGGAUUCUGUCCCACCUAAAACUUCUAGAACUCUUGAACAGCCAAGGGCAACACUGGCUCCAAGUGAAACACUGUUUGUUCCUCAAAAUCUGGAAAUCUUUACCAGUCCUGAAACGCAGCCUACAGCACCUGCUCCCCAGCAAACUACAUCUAUUCCUUCUACACCAAAACGGCGUCCCAGGCCCAAACCGCCAAGAACCAAACCUGAAAGGACCACAAGUGCUGGAACGAUUACACCUAAAAUUUCUAAAAGCCCUGAACCUACAUGGACAACACCGGCUCCCAGUAAAACACAGUCUAUUUCUUUGAAACCUAAAUUCCCUCUCAGCCCAGAAGUGACACACACCAAACCUGCCCCAGAACCUCAGACUCCACUGCCCUCAGAGUCAACAAUAGGACCUGAAACACUGGGAACGAAACCUUCAACAACAACAUUAGCACCACGAAAGACCAAAAGACCAGGUCGUCGCCCCCGCCCACGUCCCCGCCCUAAAACCACACCCAGUCCAGAUGUGCCCAAGUUCAAACCGGCCCGGGAACCUGCCACGAUACUGCCGGAACCCUUGGUGCCCACAAUUGCCUCAAAACCAUCCGAGAGUCCUAAAACCACACACGGACCAGAUGCACCUCAAAUUCAGCCUGGUUCAAAACCACCAAAACAAUUACUUCCUAAACCCCAGACCACAGCAGAACCAGACAUGCCACCAACUAAAUCCGUCUCUGAGCCUGUUCCAUUUGAAACUGAAGCUCCCUCGAUGACCAUAGUUCCCACCACAGGCAUUGAGCCCGUAACUGUGAGAACUGAGGCUCCAGUGACAACAUUAGCUCCAAAAACACCACCACGAGCAAGAACACGUCGUCCACGUCCCAAACAUAAAACCACACCACGCCCAGAGACACCGCAGACCAAACUAGACUUUGGACCUAUUACUCCUGGGACUUCUUCAGCUCCAACAACAACAAAAAGAGCCCGUCGUCCACAUCCCAAACCUAAAACCACGCCCCGUCCAGAAGUACCUCAGACUAAACUGGUUCCUGCCACAACCCUUGAACCGGUUCUUAGAACUGAGGCUCCAGGCACAACAGUAGCUUCCAAAGUGCCUCAACGAACUCACCCUCCACAUCCCAAACCUAAAACCACACUGAGCCCCGAAGAGCUUCAGACCGAUCUGGUUCCUGCUACAAUCUUUGAACCAGUUUCUCCUAUAAAAGAGGCUCCAGGGACAACAUUCGUUCCUGUGACAGACCUCGAGCCUGUUACUUUUAGAACCGAGACCCCUGCAACAACCUUAGCUACCAAAACAUCAAAAAGGACCCGGCCUCCACGUCCCAGAAUUAAAACUACACCGAGCCCUCAGGCACCUGAGACCAAACCCGUUCCUGCCACUGUCCUAGAACCUGUCACUCUUAGACCUGAGGCCCCAACAACAUUAGCUUCCAAAACAUCACAACGGACACGUCGUCCACGUCUCAGAACAAAAACCACACCACGUCCUGAAGCACCUGAAUCUAAACCAGUUCCUACUGCAGAGCUCAAACCUGUGACACUCAGAACUGAGACCUGGGUAACAACACAAGCUCCUAAAACAUCACAACGAACUCGUCGUCCACGUCCCAAACCUAAAACCACACCAAGUCUGGAGGUUCCUCAAACCAAACCGGUUCCUGCUACAGAUCUUGAACCUGUUACUCUCAGAACUGAAGCUCCAAAAACCAUGGUUGGUACUGCCGUCCUUGAACCUGACACUUUUAGAACCAAGCUUCCAGAAACAACGUUAGCUCCUAAAGCACAACGGACACGUCGUCCACGUCCCAGACCUAAAACUACACCUGAAGUGCCUCAGACCAAAUCGGUUUCUGUUACAGGCUUUGAACCUGUUCUUAGUUCUGAUGCUCCAGGAACAACAUUUGCUCCCACUGAACUGCAAACUCUUAUUUUGAAACCAGUGACAUCGCCAAGCCUAGAAAUGACACAAAGUCAACCGGUUUCUGGUGUUCUGGAAUCAGUUACAUUUAGCACUGAGUCACCAAAAGAGACUAUAGCACCAGCCAAAACAGACUAUGUAUAUCCCACUGCCAAAGCACCACUCUGGCCAGAGGAGUCAAAGACUGAAGUUGCGGAAUCUAUUACAUAUGUGUCUGAACCACCUGAGACCACACUAGCUCCCAAGCAGACACCGCGUGCUUCUCCUAAGCCAAAAACAUCCCCACGCCCAAGAAUCCCACAAACACAACCAGCUCCAAAAGAUGUCCUCCUGCCUCAGAAACCAGACCCUGAGGUCUCUCAGAGCGAACCUGCUCCUCUAGAGACACGAGGCAUCCCUUUUAUACCCAUGAUUUCCCCCAGUCCUAGUCAAGAGGAACUACAGACCACUCUGGAAGAAACAGACCAAUCCACCCAAGAACCCUUCACAACUAAGAUUCCACGAACAACCGAACUGGCAAAGACAACUCAGGCACCACACAGAUUUUAUACUACUCCUGUGAGGCCCAGAAUAUCUGACAAGCCACUCAUCAGACCUGUUCUGAAUAGGACAACUGCAAGACCUGCUAGACCCAAACCCAGUGGGAUGCCCAGUGGGAAUGGAGUGGAAACAGGGAUGAAGCAAGCACCCAAGCCAUCAGGUGCUGUUAGAAAUGUAUCAGUGGACUCUACCCACCCCACUAAGAAGCCCGGGGCUCGCCGCCCACCCUUGCCACCCAGACCUACUCCCCCACGAAGAAAACCUUUACCACCAAAUAACGUCACUGGAAAGCCGGGAGGUUCAGGAAUCACUUCAUCAGGCCCAAUAACUAUACCACCCCUGAGGUUGACAGUCAGACCUACCGGAACUCCCUGGGACAGAAUAGCAACAGAUAUAAAGCAACCAACAGUUCCUGCCUCCGAAGAAGAACUGGAAAAUAUAACUGACUUUAGCUCAAGCCCGACAAGAGAAACUGAUCCUCUUGGGAAGCCCAGAUUCAAAGGUCCUCAUGUGCGAUACAUCCAAAAGCCUGACAGCAGUCCCUGCUCCAUUACUGACUCCGUCAAACGGUUCCCCAAAGAGGAGGCCACAGAAGGGAAUGCCACCAGCCCACCACAGAACCCACCCACCAACCUCACUGUAGUCACCGUGGAAGGGUGCCCCUCAUUUGUCAUCUUGGACUGGGAAAAGCCAUUAAAUGACACUGUCACUGAAUACGAAGUUAUAUCCAGAGAAAAUGGGUCAUUCAGUGGGAAGAACAAGUCCAUUCAAAUUACAAAUCAGACCUUUUCCACAGUAGAAAAUCUGAAACCAAACACAAGUUAUGAAUUCCAAGUGAAACCCAAAAACCCACUUGGCGAAGGCCCGGUCAGCAACACAGUGGCAUUCAGUACUGAAUCAGCGGACCCAAGAGUGAGUGAGCCAGUUUCUGCAGGAAGAGAUGCCAUCUGGACUGAAAGACCCUUUAAUUCAGACUCUUACUCAGAGUGUAAGGGCAAACAGUAUGUCAAAAGGACAUGGUAUAAGAAAUUUGUAGGAGUGCAGCUGUGCAACUCACUCAGAUACAAGAUUUACUUGAGUGACUCCCUCACAGGAAAAUUUUAUAACAUAGGUGAUCAGAGGGGCCAUGGAGAAGAUCACUGCCAGUUUGUGGAUUCGUUUUUAGAUGGACGCACUGGGCAGCAACUCACUUCUGACCAGUUACCAAUCAAAGAAGGGUAUUUCAGAGCAGUUCGCCAGGAACCUGUCCAAUUUGGAGAAAUAGGUGGUCAUACCCAAAUCAAUUAUGUUCAGUGGUAUGAAUGUGGGACUACAAUUCCUGGAAAAUGGUAGAUGCUGCACAAAGUUACCUUCUGUUUCAUCACGGCAAACAAAAUCAUUGAAAACACUAUGUCACAUUCAUUUAAAUCUAUUUUGUUUACUAUGUAUAAAAUUCUACAAUCUAAUAGCAAGACUAGAUGUUUAUUAUUAGAAUAGAUUGCUAAGAGUAUUUAUCAGGUUUUACAAAGUCAUUUUAAGAAAGCAAGACAUUGAUGUUAACAGAAUAACGUUUUUGGGGAAGCUGGCUCCCUAUACAUGGUAUUUUAAGAGAUCGUUUGUAUAUUAUUUAUCACACUGUUGUAAUGAUGUUUUGAGAUACUUUUAUAACAAAAUUAACAUCAAAAAAGUUCUAUACUUUUUAAAAGAAUAUUUACUUUUAUUGAUGUGUAUGCUUCCUAUUGAUGAAUUAAUUCCAUAAAUCUCUACUUAGUUUAACUUAUUGGAUCAAAUUAUCUUCAGCAUAUAUAUCUGGGGAAAAAAGGUCCGAAUAUUCACAUUUAUUUUUAAACUUCAAUUUUUUAAGCAAUAGCUGACUAACUUUUUGGAGGAGUUUAGUUACACAUUCAUGCUAUUAUACACUUCCUUUAAAUAUCCACAAAUCAUUGAAAAGAUUAAAUCAGUAAAUUUCAUUACAAUUAAAAAUGGAGUCUAAUAUAUUGUUUCAAAAGAUACACUUUUACCCAUCAUAAAUGUUACAAUAUCUGAGUAUACUUUGUUAAACUAUCCCUUUACCCAGUUGUCUUCAUAUUGUUUUUAUGAUUCUAAUGAAGGUGUAUGUAGAGACUGAAUGUGAAGUCUGAGCACGAAAAGGUAAUGCAUGAUGAGAUCUCCAACCAUUUUACAGGAUAUUUACUAUGUAUUUAUAUGUAAGACCUCUAUAAAUGAAUGUAUCUGAGAAUGUUUUUGUAACUGUGUAAUGAAAAUAUGACUCAUUUCUAUUAAAAAGGUAUUUUCCUUCAGGCAGGGAAUGAGCAUCCUUGCUGCACUGUUGCCAUCAUUCUGAAAGGACCUUUCCCUGUGCUUACCUUGCAACAUGCUUCAAUCUUCUCAAUGCUACAAUUUGUAUUUUUCAAACAAGUAUAAAUUCUGCAAUAAAGAGAUGUAGUUUUUUUUAA